CACGUCAGCGUGAGCCCUUUGGGCCGUUACACGCACCCAUCUCCGCGCCGCGCCCACGACACGAUCCGCGGUUGGUUGCCCGCGCCUAUAUCCCCAUCCCUAUCGCCGGCUCCGCCCGCGUCCUUCUCCCUCGCUCUCUUUCCCCUCCCGACCUCCCCUCCGAAGCAAGAAUCACCACAGGAGCCCCGGCCCCGGACCCCGAACCAACGGCGGCCAUGGCGUACUACGGCGACCGGCGGCCGGAGUCGUCGAUCGUGGAGGCGUUCACGCUGUCGCCGCUGCCGUACCCGGUGAUCCUGAUCCUGCUCAUGGUCUCGCUCCUCCUGGGCGUCUCGUGGUUCUUCACCUACGAGGACUUCAUCGAGGAGGCGGCGGAGCAGUUCAGCUGGGCGCUGCUGGUCGUGCCCAUCGCGCUCGUGCUCCUCAUCCGCUGGAUCUCCUCCGUCGACUCCUUCGACGGCUACUUCUUCGGCUUCUACCCCAGCGAGCGCCGCUGGAGGCCCGGCUACGGGGGCGCCCCCGCCGAGGGCAGCUCGCCCUGGGGCGUCGCCAUGCUCGUCCUGCUCCUCAUCGUGCUCGCCAGCUUCCACGAGACCAUCCGGGACAUGUGGCGGCCAUGAUCGAUCGAAUCCAUCAUCCGGCCUCGUCUCGUCUAUCCUGAUGAUGAACACGUACGCGUGAUUCGGUCUGCUGUCCACCACACCUCUAGUGCUCGAUUUCUCAUGCUUUUUCUUGCGCGCUUGCAUUGGCUGAUCGCUGAUCCUAUAUAUUUCUACGCGCGCAUGCAUGUUUGCGCUUGUACUUCUUGUUCCAUCGAAUCGAUGCUGUACAUACUGCAUAAUACGGAUUCUGCAACUGGCUAGAUUAUAGACUGUGAGGGUGAUACUCGAUUAGCUGCAUGUAACACUGGUUCUGUUUUUUUUUUUGGUGUGUGUGUGUGUGUGUUAUAAUCAAGUUCUGGUUUGCUUUAUGUUUCGGAUUCUUCUUCUCAAGAAUCUUUCUUUUUUGCUUUU